AUGAAAGGGGAGACCCCCGUGAACAGCACGAUGAGCAUCGGCCAGGCCCGCAAGAUGGUGGAACAGCUGAAGAUUGAAGCCAGCUUGUGCCGGAUAAAGGUGUCCAAGGCCGCCGCAGACCUGAUGACCUACUGCGAUGCCCACGCCUGCGAGGACCCCCUCAUCACCCCCGUGCCCACGUCCGAGAACCCCUUUCGGGAGAAGAAGUUCUUCUGCGCCCUGCUCUGA